ACAUACAACGAUUAAAUUCUAGUUUUUGCUUGUUGUGAUUCAUUUAUUUAUUGAAUAGGAUUAAAUCCUGUUACCUUCAGCCAAUCGUUUCUUCUGUUUGAAUCCGGUUUUAAACGUCUAACUCAAUAAAUGUCGUGGUUUAGAUAACUGUUCAACCACUGUUACGUCUGGUUUUAAGCAUAGACAAUAACAAUUCAAAGUAAACGCAAUGUUCGCGUAUAGAUUUAUUCUGUUGCUGAUAAUUGUUAUUCUGUAUCUACGGAUAAGUGCGGGCUGUAGAUGUUCAAUAAUUGGAGAAGAGGCACGCUUCUGUUACGCAAAAUUCGCCAUUAUUGGCACCGUAAUCAAGGAGAGGAGGCCUGACACUGAGAAGAUAGUUUACACCGUUCUAGUACAGCAGACUGUGAAGCCAGUGCAGAUACAUUCAGUGAAACAGAUUGAAGUUCAUACUUCGUCAGUUUCAUCUAUGUGCGGUGCACAGCUCGAAGUGGGCAAAACUUACCUUCUAGCAGGUGGAUUGCAUAAAGGUGUCCAUUCCCUAAGCGUCUGUCACAUAGGUCGGGAGAUGACUCAUCUUGAAGCCCAGAAUUACGUGGCCCCUACCUGUUCAAUUAAAAAGAAGGUGAAAAAACAUUUCGUAUAGUGCAGAUGAAGAGCUAAAUGAUUAAAAAGUAAUACAUUGUUGUCGUUUGUGUAUCAUGUAUUUGCGUGAAACUAUUAAAGGCAUUGAACGAGC